AUGGCAGUUACCGAAUUUCAACGUAGUCUUACCGAAGGAUCUUGCAUCUUCCUCGUGUUUCUUCCGUGUAUUGAUUUCAUCCUGACAUUCUUGGGAUGCAUUCGAGCCGGACUUGUAGCCGUCCCGGUCUAUCCUCCAAGUAUGAAUAUUAUAUCUCUGACUUCAUCACAACCAGAUCCCAAAGAAAUCAAAAAGAACGUGCAGCUCUUUUCUGGAAUCCAGCAAAACUGUCAAGCCAAAGUCGCGUUAUGUGACAAGUUUCCUUUUCGUUUUUCUCUCCACUGCAGCGAGUACAUGAAGAUCAAGCGCGUCACCGACAUGAAAGCCCUCUUCACCGCGUCGGGCGUCCAAUGGCCGGACUUGGAAUGGAUCAAUCUCAGCCCGAUUCUGGAAACGUCUUCCCUCCCCGACGUUCCCUCCGACGAGCCCGCUCUCCACUUCGCCGGCGACCAUCUCUGCUUCCUCCAGUACACUUCGGGCAGCACAUCGCUCCCCAAAGGCGUCAUGAUCACCAUCGCCUCUCUCGUCGCCAACAUCCACAUCAUUCUCCGUGCUCUCAACGCGGACAGCACCGCCGUCGUCGCCAGUUGGCUUCCCCAAUACCACGAUAUGGGGCUCAUCGGCUCCGUUCUCUCGCUUCUCUACUGCGGAGGAAGCGGCGUGUACUUCUCUCCCCUUGCGUUCAUCCUCUCACCCAUUCUCUGGCUGCAGCUCGCUUCGCAGUACCGCGCGACGCAUCUCCAAGGCCCCAAUUUCGCGUACGCGCUGCUUCUUCGCCGCCUCGCGACGCACCAGCCCGCCAAUCUCGAUCUCUCGUCCAUUCAGCACAUCUUCGAUGCCGCGGAGCCCAUCUCCGUGGACGUCGUUCGUCGCUUUCGGUCCGUCCUGGCGCCGUUCAAGCUCUCGCCGCAUGCGAUCACAGGGGGCUACGGCCUGGCGGAGAGCUGCGUGUAUGUGUGCGACGGCGGCCAUCGCGCGCUGGCGGUGGAUCGGGAGUUGCUGGAGAAAGACGAGAUCGAAGUGCGGGGCGUUUUGGAAGAGAACGAUGCGGGUAGGAGAAGAGGAAAGAGAGAAUGA